UUGUAUACGUGCUGCACAAGAAAAAUACGAUAGGCAAAAGUGAAGAAAAGGCGAUCACUUUAAUUUGUGAUAAAUCGCUGAGCUGUGCAGAGUAGCUGAUACUUACAAUUACACACAGCACCACCACACCACUCAAUCUUCGCAUAGAAACGCAUAUUUGGGCGCGUAUCAAGCAUAUAUCUAUAUAUCUAUAUAUGUAUAUUGUACAUAUUUAAAUGCAUAUCGUUACGGCUAAGUAUGCCAUAUUGUGUUAUGUCAUUACAUCAACUUGAUAGCUAUUAUUACCACUAUUAUCACUAUCAUCAUUGGCAUCGGCGCACGGAAUGGACAUUCUCACAUUGUGUCGAUAAUGUUUAUAAUAUAUAUCUCUUGGGUUGUAACUCAAACCAAAGCUCGCGCUACUGAUUCUAAUCGCACAGUGUCAUUUAUUGCUGUGAACAGAGAUAGCACUGCACCAACGUAGCCCAUGUCAUGUAAUGUAAUUGUAAAAAAAGUAACAACAACAACAACAACAACAACAACCACGAAUAUUGAUAAAUUGAUGAAUUGCUUUACAUAUUGUCAUUAGCGGGUCGUUGAUAUGUGAAUUAUGCUAAUUAAAUUGAAUGCUUGCAUCAAAAAACUGUUUGUGCGUUACCUUAAACGGUCCAAUUGAAUAUAGCCAACGACUACGGUAAAACAAUAACAAACUGGAGAAUAAGAAGGCGAAAAAAAGAACAAAAGAAAAGACAAACAAAAAAAACCCAAGAAGAAUUAACGACGUAAUUGGAUCGAGAGCGUGUGUGUGUGUGGAUUGGGUUUGAGAUUGAGUGGAAAACAAAAGAAGAUGGAGAGGCAUCGGCGGCCGCCUGACGUCGAAGAGGCAUUGUCGUCGAUGCUCUGGACACCGUAUCAGCGCAGUCCAUCCGAUUCAUCCGAUGAAGAAGAAGAAAUGAACGAUUGCAAUUUGCGCACACACAACAACACCAGUAAAUUGCAAUCAAAAAUCACAGCCACCGAUUUGUUUGCAAUAACCGAUCAACAUUUACAUUCGAAACCGGUACGUCGGUAUCGUGAAGGUAAUUUUGCAUCAAAUUACGGAUAUUUCGUUCCGAAAACAUACAAUAGCCUGCACAGCGAACUACCGUCGUACGACCACAUUGAAAAGGAGCGCAACUUUGGUAACUAUUUCUUGGCCGGUUUUAAUACGAAUCGCGUAAACAAUACCAAUAAUUCGAAUAACAUCGUCGCCGAUAACGUGAACAACAACAAUAAUGGCAUUUACUAUAACAACAACAACAACAACAACAAUAAUAUCGGCCGCAGUGGCUGCAGCAGCACCACCACUACCAUCGCCAAUAAUAAUGCAAGUUGUCCGUCAAAUGGCAUCUAUAUGAUACAAGAACAGUCCAUGUGUCCGACAUCGAUGGUGCAUUCAUUCACCGAUGACUUUCUUCAAUACCAGGUUCAUAGUAUAAACGGAACAUCGACAGCAGCAGCAGCAGCAGCAGCUGUUCGACAGACCGAUCAUGCGUCCGCAUCGUCAAAUCGAUUUUCGAGCGAUUUCAGCCAGCUUGACAUCCGAUUUUUGACCGAUCAAAUGGGAUUGAGAGACCAAGAUCCCAAUCGAAAUACAAAUUACUCGAGACUAGGCGAAACAUCAAAAUCAAUGUCGACAUCGUCUAACAUCGAAUCAUCUGUGAUACAGAACAAAAAAAAUUGUACAAAUGCCACAAACGCUGUUGUUGAUUGUUGUGUUGGUCAAAGCCGAAUUCGUGCCGAAGACUUACCUGAGCGGGUCAGUAAACUCAAUAGAACGACUAUGAACGAUGCAUCAAUACAAGCGACGCAGCAGCACGAGUAUGUGAAUGCGUUGCGAACACGUGAUACGGUAUACGGUGAGCACGAACAGCCGAGAGUAGGGAAUGAUCGGGCACAUUCGACAGCACCGACGAUGAAUAUGACGAGAAGAGAGACGACAACAACAAGCGGCAGCCGAGAGGCAAGAGAAACGCAAACAACAGUAACAGCGGCUGUAGCAGCAGCAGCAGCAGCACAAACGACGAAUGGAUCGUCGCUUGUAAACAUUGGAUCGAGCCAAGCGCUGUUCAGUCGUGAUCGGUUAUUCCAUGCCAGCGUAUCGUCUACAGCGCAUGCUUUUUUCGAUUUGUUUAAGUUUAGUCGAAAUAGUGAAAGUAAUAUACGUAAUUUUAGUCGUUCUAAUCGCGAAAAUAUUUCACAAAAAAACAGUUGUGCGGUUGCGGCGAUGCGACUCAAUGUGCCUAAUCAAGAUUCAACAGCUGUUGCUGCCAGAGAGCCAUCCAUUAGUGUAUCCACGCGAAUCAAUCAUAUCGAUAACAGUAAAACGGUUGUAAAUAUUUCGAAUGCACAUGAUGGUUGCUCGUUGCCAUUGGGCACCAUGACGACGUUGACGACGACGACGACGACCACAACAACAUCAUCAUCAUCAUCAGCGUCGUGUCCAUCUGCAAGUCAUAUAUUCGAAAAUGGAAUACUUCUGGGUGCCAUCGUAUCACAAGCACAGCCAAGUCUUACAAUUCAAGUGAAUCAAAACGAGCAUCAUCAGUCGCAACAAACGCAGCAAAACGAACAAACGCAACAGGUGAACUUUGUUAGUUAUCGUGCGGUGCCCGUGCAAGUGGUUAAUAACAGCAGUGCUUCGCAAAAUAAGAAUUGUAUCGAUAUUUGUAAAAGUGAUAAAGCCAAUAACAUCGACAACGACCACAAUUCGAUGCAAUCGCAAACGAAAAGCCACACCAAUCUGAUGAGUGAAACAAGUGAAAAAUGUGAUAAUAUUGAAUUUAUCGGUGAAAAUACAACAAAUUCAAAUUCAAAUUCAAAUUCAAAUACAAAUGCAAAUGGAAAUGGAAUUGUGAAUGCAAAUGUGGUACUCAGUGAUGGGGUACAAAGUGGAUUUGUGCAUACGAAUAGUGGUAACUGUAACAGUAGUAUGAUAAGUGUAACGGAUAAUACAAAUAACUCAAGCCCCAACCAUACGAGUCAAGUUCAUUUGAAUCAGCGCACGUUCACAUCGACCGAGGCGCAAACAGAUGAUAUACAGCAUCAAAGCAGCCAGGAGCAGCGACAACAACAACAACAACAGCAGCAGCAAAGUCAAUCGGCCGAUGCUGCAUUGAUUGAAUCGACAACAACAGUCAAAACUAGUAGCAAUAAGCCAAAUCAUUCGCACAGCCGACGCUCUGGCACGGAUAGUAGUGAGGCACAAACGAGCCGGGAACAACGACGCCGAGAACGUCGUGAGCGUCGCCAACCAAGAAGUUCACGACAACAUGUGCAUCCACCACCAAAUCAAUCGCUGGCUAUGCAUUCGCAUCAUUCCAAUUGCGAAAUUCUACCCGAUAUUUUGCACAAUCACGUAAUCAGUCAUCCACCGCCGUACACAACACUUCCAAUGCCCAGCCAUUGCCAAAUCAAUGCAGCCUCGGUUCUGACUCAAUCGCCUCCGCCAUCUGUACUCGUACCUGCUCCACCAUCAGCUCUGAUACCCGUUGGAAUUAGCGACGACGGCCGAUACACAUUCCCAUUGCCGAUAAUGAGACGGUCACCAUCAGAACGGCCCGGAAAAGAUUGUUGUGGUCAAUGGUUUGCAGGUCCUCCAUUGCGUGCCGUCAUUGCGGUUGUUGCCCUUGGUGGUGUUGCAUGUGCGUUAGGUGGAGCUGCACUUGGAGCGACUGGUUUGGCUGGUCCGCCAACAUCGCACUUGACAGCUGCUCUAUUGAUGAUCGGAGUUGGCGUUAUUCUGGUCACGGUUAGUGGAGCUGCAUGGCGAAUGACAGCACCGGGUUCAACGCAAUGUCUUGGCAUCGAUAUGGGAUCUGGUGAAUUGGGACGAUGUGGACGUCGACCAUGCAGUGGACGUGCACCCGGUUUUCUGUAUCCAGAAUUUCAGCAUCGGCCACCACCACCAUCCUAUCAGGCUAGCAUGCAAGAAUAUCGACUUAGAUUACUUCUAUUGGAUCGCGAUAGACAGGCUGGUGUUGUUCGAGGUGCAUCACCUCCACCAACUUAUCGAUCACACGCGGGCACAUUACUAAGAGCUCCCUUGAGCGUUCGUGGUAAUAAUGGAAACAACGGUGGACCCGGUUCCGAGCAUAGUUUACCGCCCAGCUAUAAUCGUACACGAAAUAACCUUUUACGAAUUCCGGCGAUAAUCGGUGGCAAUAGCAACAGUGCGGCGAUGGCGAACCAACAAUCGCAUCGUAACAAUGACAACAAUACCAGCAACACCAACACGACAAAUUCAAUCAUCGAUGCAAAAUUGUCCAAGUCAAGCACCGAUAUCCAAGGCAUUGAUGAGCUAUUUUUGAAUGCGACCAACAAUAGUAACGGUAGUCAUGAUACGAUCACGAAUGAGUCAAAUGCCAAAUCAGCGGAAAUCGACAACGCAACCAAUUCACAGUCAACGGUAACCGUUGUAGCCAAGAUUGAGGACGAUACAAAGGCGAUGGUGGCCACAUCGAGCAACGGUGAUUUGGUCACCAUUGUAACCAUAACGGGAUGCACAACAACGGAAUCAUCGACCGGAGGCGAAAUGAAUAUUCUAGCUCAUUUGUAGUACCUAUCGUCGGCACACAUUCACACUGCCGAACAAAAAAAUUGGAGAAGAAAUCUAUAUAUGUUUAACAAGCGACGAAAAGAAGAAGAAGCUAAAUUAGGAAAAUAUUGAUUUGUAAUUUGGAUUGAGAUUUAAUUUUUUUUUUUUUCUUUGAAUUUUCUGUUUAGUUCGCCACACGCAGAUCCCAUUCUGAAUGUGAUUUGUUUUAUUUAUUUUUUUCUGUUUCAAAAUGGGGUGGAUUUCUGAAUGAAAUAGUAGAUUCCGCAUUCCUCAAGCCAAUGGAAUUCGAACGCGAAAUUUCAAGCGGAAACAUUCACUCAAUCAGUCAAAACUGCACUUUCUAAGCGAAUAAUCGAAUCAGCAUAAAUGUUCCCUUUGUUUUUUUAACGAAUUUAAAAAAAAUGUUUCUAAGCAAAAGAAAAAAAUUCGUCGCAAUCCGAACGUAACAAAAUACCCCAAGUUUGCGUCUCAUUUUUCCUAAAAUCAAUUGGCCAACAAAUGCAUCCAAUAAACAGGCAUCAAAAUGGAUGUGCAGCGCAUACGUUUAUAAGCAAUUGAUUUAAAGAAGUCAUUUGGCGCAGAACAACAAAUCGAACACAAAAAACUGAACAUACACCCAUUGCCGCAAAGCAGCCAAAAUUGAGAACGAAUAGGAAGCGAAAGAAAGAGAAAAAUGAAGUGUGAAAAAGCCAAUGUACAGUAUUUUAUCGGUUUUAUAAUUUAAUUUAUGGAUAAAUAAUGUUUUUUUUUAUCGUGCCUGGUUAUGACCAUUUUCUGUUUUAAUCAUCCCAACCAAUUGCUAAUUAACUAAACAAAAAAAUCAAUUUUAUUGGCUAAUCUUUGUAAUGAACCGCAACUACUUUUUUUUUAAAUUGACGUACGAUACAAACUUAAAAAAAAGAAACAAAAGAGAAAAUUUAAUGGAAAAUGUGUCGAAACAAGCAAAACUAGAAAAAGUAAUAAAAUGAACAAGAAUCGAUUGAAUUCGCAACUUAGUAGGUUUUUAAAGAGAAUUAAAAAAAACACGUUUUGUUGUUUCAAUAAUGUUUUGUACUUGGAUCAGGAAUUUUACAAUUAAUGCAGGUUAUUGCAGUUGUGUAAAUGAACAAGAAACAAGGCAAAUUUGCAAUGAUGCGUGGAAAUGAAUAAAAUAAACAAAAAAGAAAUGUUACGAAAACAACGUAUGACAAAAAUACAUUAAUUAACGGAUGCAACAACAAUAGAGAAAGAAAAAUGGGAAAUUUUUAAAAACACAAUAUGUAUAAAGACAAAAUGAAGCCUAAAUUUUUUUUUUCAAUUUCCAUUUUUAGCCAACAAUAUAAUAUUAUUAUUUCCAACACGUAUUUUAAGCAAAACCAAAGUUUUCAUCUUACGAUUAGGAAAAUUAUAUUCGAAUUUCAAAAAGAAAAAAGAAACACAGCAACAACAAAAAGUAUAUAUACGCAAAAAUAAGUCGAAUGUAAUAAACAAGAGCGCUUUAUUGUCAUUUUAAAUCGAUGGCAGUGAAAAUCAUGCCAAAUUAACCGUUUGUGUUUACAGUAAACGAUUUCAUUUCGAUUUUUUUUUACCGCUUCAAAGUCCCGAUUUGUCCUUUUUCAUUGCCUACAACAAAUAUCAAUAGCAACAAAUACAUUUUUUUCACUCAGAAAUGUAUCAAUUUAUUCGAAUCAGUUCCAAAGCCGACGAUUUGAAUGAGUUUUUGCUACACGCAGCAAAUUCUUCUAGAAUCCUGGGAAAAUUAUGACAACAAGAAAUAAAAAGAGAAAUAUUGUUUUG